AUGGCUUAUGUGCUCGGGACCUUGGUGAUCAGUGUCCUGGUGUUCCUGUCGCGCUUCUGCAUCCAGAGCGGUGGAAAACCUCCCAGCCGCCCCCCUGAGUCCCUGGGCGAGUGUGAGGGGCCGCUGAGCGCCGGGAAGCCGCAUCCCGGCCGGACCUUUGGCGCGCGCGUGCCCUGUCGAGCUGAAUGCUUCCCAGCCUGUCACCCCCAAAAUGGAUUCUGCGAGGAUGACAAUGUUUGCAGGUGCCAGCCCGGCUGGCAGGGCCCCCUGUGCGACCAGUGCGUGACCUUCCCCGGCUGUGUCAACGGACUCUGCGUGCAGCCCUGGCAGUGCACGUGUGAGGAGGGCUGGCACGGCAGCCUCUGCGACACAGAUGUCGGGGCCUGCAGCUCCGCCCCCUGCGCUAACAACGGGACCUGCCUGAACCUGGGUGACGGCAGCUACGAGUGCUCCUGCCCGCCCGGCUUCUCGGGGAAGGACUGCCAGCUCAAGCGCGGGCCCUGCGUGGUCAACGGCUCCCCCUGCCAGCACGGAGGCACCUGCCUGGACGACGAGGGCCGGGCCUCGCACGCCUCGUGCCUGUGCCCCCCCGGCUUCUCAGGCAGCUUCUGCGAGAUCCUAGCCGUGCCCAGCAGCUGCACCCCCAACCCGUGCGAGAACCAGGGCAUCUGCACCGACAUCGGGGGGGACUUCCGCUGCCGCUGCCCGGCCGGCUUCAUGGACAAGACCUGCAGCCGCCCGGUGACCACCUGCGCCACCGACCCCUGCCUGAACGGGGGCACCUGCCUGCAGCACAGCCAGGUGAGGUUCGAGUGCCUGUGCAAGGCCGAGUUCACGGGCCCCACCUGUGGCAGGAAGCGCGCGCCGGGCCCCCAGCAGGUCACCCGUCUGCCCAGCGGCUCCGGGCUGACCUACCGCCUGACCCCCGGGGUGCACGAGCUGCCGGCGCCGCAGCCCGAGCACCGCAUCCUCAAGGUGUCCAUGAAGGAGCUCGGCAAGAGCACCCCCCUCCUGUCCGAGGGCCAGGCCAUCUGCUUCACCAUCCUGGGCGUGCUGACCAGCCUGGUGGUGCUGGGCACCAUGGGCGUCGUCUUCCUCAGCAAGUGCGAGGCCUGGCUGUCCAGCCUGCGCGCCCACCACGCGCUGCGCAAGAAGAAGAACCUUCUGCUGCAGUACAGCAGCGGGGAAGACCUCGCCGGCGCCGGGCCCCCCGAGAAGAUCGACAUGGCCACCUUCAGCAAGGGGGCGGCCGAGCGGGAGGUGUAG